CACCUCCUUUGCCUUUGACUAGCAUUAGUGACUUAGGUGUGUUGAAACUGAUAACCCACUCUUGCAUUAGUGUGACCAGCAAUGAAGAUUUUCGUGGCGAUGAUAUCUGACGCGUAGACAAUAUUUUGGACGCCGAGACUUCAUUAUCCAUUGCCAAGGCAGUAAGCAAGGAUGUUGAGCUGGCUGAUAAAUGGCCCUUAUCAAGAGAACUGUAACCACAUAAAAAUAUCCUUGACUUGCAUAAUCAAUGUAACCUGUAGCUUGGGAAGGCCUACUCGCUCCGCUUGGUUCCACAACCCUCCUGAUAGCCGAUCUGUUGAUGGCUAGCUGACUGUUGAUAAGUCGAGUCUUGACUAAAGCCUCUCACUCUUUUGCUGACUGACUAAAAAUUGGGAAGACAAAAGCCGCAAUAUCUUGUCUACUGAUUACUCUUCCUGUCCCCAAACCAUACAUCGUUUUUUAUCAAGUACCCCAAAAUAAUCACAUUGAAAAUGGCAAACACAAUGAAACAACCAGUACGAAUCACAGCUUCUCAAGCAUAUGCAUUUUCUCUCUCUAUUCUUCAGAAUCAUGGCGUACCUCUCGAUCGUGCUGCCAUGAUCGCCGAGUCCCUUGUACUGGCCGACCUCCGGGGUGUUGACACACAUGGUAUUAAUCGUCUAGCUGGCUACAUUGAACGGAUCAAAUGCGGUGUCCUCAAUCCCAACCCCAAGUUGGAAUUUGACAUGAAAUCCCCAGUGAUGGCCCAUUUAGAUGCCUGUAAUACCUUCGGGUUUGUCGCUGGCUGCAUGGCAAUUGACAAGGGCAUCGAAAUGGCUAGUACAUAUGGGCUGGCGGUGGUUGCUGUCAAAAACAGUAAUCACUAUGGAAUGGGUGCUACAUACGUACUUCGCGCGAUCCAGAAGGGUUAUGCUGCAAUUGCAUUUACGAAUGCGUCCAAAGCAAUGCCGCCCUGGGGCGGAAAAGAACCUUUGCUGGGCACAAGCCCACUUGCUGUGGGCAUUCCUGGUGGGAAACAGGGAGACUUUGUAUUUGAUAUGAGCCCCACGGUUGCCGCUCGAGGGAAAAUUCGCAAGGCCGCACGACGUGGAGAGUCUAUUCCUGAAGGUUAUGCUCUCGAUGAACAAGGCCAGCCGACUACCAAUGCUGAGGCAGCUCUCAAGGGUGUAAUGCUACCAAUCGGUGGUCCCAAGGGUUCUGGAAUCGCUAUGAUGAUGGAUAUUUUCGGAGGGCUACUUACAGGGUCAUCAUUUGCUGGAGGAGUCAAUGACCAAUACAAGAAUACUACAGAGCCACAAGGUGUAGGGCAUUGGUUUAUGGUGCUCAAGCCGGAAAUCUUCCUAGAUUCAAAAAAAAAUCUAUGCGACCGGAUGGACACUCUAUUAGGAAGAGUUAGGUCGUGCGAGAAAGCUGCGGGGACCGAGAGAAUCCUGACUCCAGGUGAGAAUGCCAAUGAAACAGAAAAGCAGAGACGAUUUGACGGUAUACCUUUCACUAAUGAGGAGGUUGAGAAUCUAAACAUGUUGGCUAGAAACAGCGGUAGCGAUGCUUUGCUGGUUGAUACGCUAUAGGUUGGGUUUCCUUUACCUCCUAAUGUCACGAUAAUCAUAUAUUUACAUGUUUUUAAAUUGAGCCUUUUGAGAAAUAUAGAAGAAGAGAUAAUUUGAACGUAAAAUGACCUAUUUUAUUUUUCAGUUUCUUUGUUUAAUGGCCUAAGUUUACGAGGUAGAAUCCAUCUAUCUACCGAUAACUUGAAAACCGAUGACAAGACUAAAUCUAAGUUUCAGAAGAAGGUUGAUCUGGAAUCCAAAAUUUAUUACCUGGCUGUUCAUAGUCCUAAAAGCACUUAGAGGAACCUCCCAGGCCCCUGGACUAUUGGAAAAUCUGACUGCAGCUCCGUUGUUGACGAAGGGGACGGACAUUUGAAAUCCUUUGCCUGAAUUUGGUGAUUCGUCUCCGCAACACGAGGUGGUAUACUGUCCUUCUAUUUGACAUGAUUUAC